CCGCCAAUGGCCGGCGUGCGGGGCGGAGCCGGCGAGCGCGCGACGCCGCCCCGAUCGGCCUCCGGGACCCUGCCGCCGAUCGCCGGCCUCCAGUUGUUGUCGCUCGGCAGUCGCAGCCACAAGCAUGAGUGCAUCUGUUGAACGCAGCAAUCAGGAUUAUUUGUGUGCCAAUUUGUGAAAAUUAUCAAAGGUUUCUCAAUCAUGGAGACGUACAAAGAGCUGCCUCCUCUUCCCUUCUCCAUCGAAGCCAUAAUCGCCGGAGGCCGUCCUGCCCACCGGCCGCCCCCUCCAGUGCCAGAUGUGUCGGCGCCACCCGCCCUGGCGCCGCCACCCUGGGGUCUCCUCUACAGUCCCUGGCUGAUGCUGCACCUGCAGCACCAGGGCCUCUACCACCCCCAAAUACCGCCCCACGGGCUCCUGCCCCUACACCCUCCACCUCCACACCCCUCGCUCAGCCCCCAGAGAUUAAGUUCGUCUGAAGACGAGGACGAAAUUUCGCCCAGAUCCUCGCCGCAGCCCAGGGAGGACGAUGCCUCUUUUACAGGCGGAAACUGCACCGAACCGGCGAGUCCAGGCUCUGGAUGCGGAGAGAGCGAGACUUCAGCAACGGGCGACGGAACUUCGCCGACCGACGGCUCGUCUGGCGGCAAAUCAAGCGGCAAAAUCCGGCGCCGACGCACCGCUUUCACCAGCGAACAACUGCUCGAACUGGAGAAGGAGUUCCACGCGAAAAAGUACCUGAGCCUGACGGAGCGAUCGCAAAUCGCACGUUCGCUGCGUCUGAGCGAAGUGCAGGUGAAAAUCUGGUUCCAAAACCGACGCGCCAAGUGGAAGCGAGUCAAGGCCGGCCUGGGCUCCGGCACCCGCGGGACCCAAGGGGCCCAGGGCGUGGGAACCCAGGGCAACAGCAAAAUCGUGGUGCCCAUCCCGGUGCACGUGAACCGCUUCGCCGUCCGCACUCAGCACCAGCAGCUGGAAAAAGCGGCCGCAGCCGCCGCGGCCGCCGGCAGCGGGGCGGCCCUCAAGCUGGCGGGGUUGCCCUCUUUGACGCCCACGGGGCUCCUGCACCACUCGGCGGGCAGUGCCAUGCGCAGCCUGACCGGAGGAAGCACGCCCAGCGUCUCGUCGAGCAGCUAAAUUUGUGCACUGACACUCAAUAAUGUUGACUUUGUAUAAAAUAUCAAAGCCCGGAGAUGAGAGCAAAUUUAAUUAAAAACAAUAAAACAAAACAGAAUGCGGAAAGCUGGAGUGCUGUCGCAGUGAAUAAAAUUUACUUUCUUAAAUUUGGUGCAGGUAUUUUGUGUGUAAAUUGUUUAAGCAAAGAAAAUACCAAACCAAAUGACUAUUUUUUCUUCCUGCUAAGCGCUGACAGCAUCAAAGGUGAACUGUAAAUGCCUCAGAAAUCGUAACAACUGUUCUUGCCAGAAAACUGCUCUCGCAUCUCGUGUUCCUUUGGGGCGAACACGCGAAUUUCCUCAGACAAACUAUACAGUUGUGCCAAAAGUGACAGCAGACAGUGCAAAAGUGAGUGUGGAAGCGCGGACAAUGCAAAACAAUUUCAUGGGAACGGCGACCGGAGUGGCUGGCAAAUAAUAAACUGCGUUAUUCGGUGUGCGUGUUUGUAAAUAGUGUAAUUUGCCGAAGACAGCCUUCACAAUGAUGCAAACCAAUAAAUUACCCCGGUGGCGUCUCCCCCCGGGAGCGGACGCUUAGUCAAUAGGAGCGCGAAUAAUUUGUCAUAUAUAUAGAGUGUACAUGCACAUGCGAGUGAAAAGCGCGCGCGGUUUGUUGCUCUCGCCGCGCGCGCAUGAGAAAAGGUUUUCCGCACAAUCCUCCUCGCAUUAUCAGCAGCGGUUCGAGUCACUAUUUAUUAUUAAUGCUCCAGCUGUGGCUCUUUAAAAUAAAUCACUAGCAAGCUCGGGACCUUUCACAUUAGCAUUAAUUCACAGAUACAUGACUUGGCAUAAUUCUCAAGCGAGAAUCGAAAUCGAUGCUGCCCGCCACGUAUAAACACCUUUGAAUAAUGAUCGAGUGGGAAAUGUGCAGUUUAACAUUUUAACUACCUCGCAUGGGCCGGUUCAAACCCAUCAAGGGGCGCUGACGAUCUGAUUGGCUUAUCUCAAAUUGGAAAUUACUGCAUUUUGUUCAGUGAAUUAGUUUCCAUCCAAAAUGAGACCACAGAUAUAUUGUGUCUACUUUCAAUUCCUUUACCAUAAUAUUAAUAAAAAAAUCUUAAACCGGCUCAAAACAGAGUCGUAAAAUGAAUUUAAUUUUGUUCAAAUAAAAAAGCAGAGAUGUAAAUGACAAAAUGUUGGCUUGCUGGUCGUUUGAAUUGAUAAAAAUGCGAGUGCGAAGCAAUCAACUGCUGGCUCCCUGGGAGGCCGUUUCAUUCCGAGCAAUCAAUUUCCCGCGGCACAAUCGCGCGGGCAAACAAACCGCGCUGUGUAUACAGAUUCAGAGUGAAGUGAGUGUCUGAACAGACGUGCCAAUUCCUGUAAUCUCUGGAUUAAAAGCCACAAUAAGGUCCCCGUGCCGCCGGCCGCUUUUUAUUAUUGUCGCUAAUCGAGACAGGGGUGAAUGCAGCCCCGCUCGCGCUUUAUAAUAUGCACCCGGGAGCGGACAAAAGAGCAGCUUGCGAGGACACAUUAGGGGUGAUGCUGGAAAUUAGUAUUAACAUAAUGCGUGCCGCUCUUUAUUGUUGUUAUGAAAAUCGACUGCCUUUUUGUGACUUUGCGAGCGCACGCUUUUCCCUGCUUUUUUGUUUCGCAGUCAUAAUGCGCAAGGGAUGGAUGGAUGAAACCUUUUCUCUCAUAAUGUACGUAUGUGUGCUUCAUCCGCAUCUCGUGUGGUCGAGAGUAGCUGCAAACUGCGCGUACAAGGAGCCAUUUACACGUGCGUUAAAUUUGGUUAAUUGGAAAAGGAAAUGAUAAUCAGGAUGUCAUAUUUGUACGGUGUUUGAAACGACGCGGUAAUUGUUAUGAAUAUGUAAAUUAAAAGCAAUAAAAUUGGACCGACUUCGAUAGGAAUUGUACUGCGGACAAAUAAAGUGAAAAACUGUUGUAAUGCAA